AAGCGAUGACAUCUGUCAAAAAUAAUCUCUUUGUGUAUUGUUGUAAGUUAUUUCUUCAGAACUCAAAAAUGAGACUAGAAUAAAGAGAUAAUGUUGAGUUCUAAACUUAAUAGGUAAAUUCAGCAUUUUUCCAAUUUAUGAUUAUCGUUGUUGUUACCAGUAGUUGAUAUGAGUUUUUUGAGGUUAUGUGUUAUCACUAUGGACUAGCAUAAAUAAAAAAUCAACUGCUUUUGAAAUAAGAUGAAUACCGAGAUCACAUGUCAUCUGAAUAUUCACUGAGCUUCAAGAGCUGAUAAUAAUGCCAGUGGAGAGUGAUAGAGUGCCUGUCAAAGAGCCAGAGGAGGCACAAUACCUGGAAGAUGCUGAAGAGCCAGAGUCUACUAGUGAAUGGCGAAACCUCAUUGGGUUCUGGAUUCUUGGUCUUUGCAACAAUUAUGGUUACGUGAUCAUGCUGAGUGCAGCUCACGAUAUACUUGCCCACCAUGAUCCUAGCAAGCAUGUUUCAGAUGGAAACUACAACAAUGCCACUCUUCUGGACCCGAACAAGAGAGACUGCAACUACAUGUCUACUGGAGCUAUCUUGCUGGCUGACAUCAUCCCUUCACUACUAACCAAAAUCAUUUCCCCGUUCUUCCCUCUUUAUGUACAUGUGCGGAUGUUCCUGAUGAUUGUGCUGUCGUGCGCUGGCUACAUUCUAGUAGGCGCCUCCCAGACUCAGGCUGUUGCUAUCCUAGGAGUUGUAGCCACAGCGUUCUCAUCGGGACUGGGAGAAGCCACGUUGCUCUCAUACAUGCCUUUCUUCAAAAACAAAAAUGUGAUAUCUACUUGGUCGUCAGGCACUGGUGGUGCAGGUUUCUUUGGUUCUCUCAGCUACGCCACCCUAACUGGAUUAGGCCUCUCUCCUGCCAUGACUCUAUAUGUUAUGCUCGUAGUACCUGCGCUCAUGUCUAUCACGUUCUGGAUCGUCUUAGAUAGGCCAAAGCUGGAAGAUGCUGGCAGUCAAAACCAAUCAGAGGCUAACUUCAACAGCACCCUCAGCAAUGACCAAAUCCCACUUACCCUGUCUAAUGACUCUUUUUGGGAAAAGCUUCAGUCUAUUCCCCCUCUCUUCAAGUAUAUGAUUCCCCUCGGUCUAGUCUACUUCUUUGAAUACUUCAUCAACCAAGGAUUGUUUGAACUCAUAUAUUUUAACAACAUUUUCAUUGACCACAAUGCUCAGUAUCGUUGGUACCAGGUCACUUACCAGAUUGGUGUGUUUUUCUCUCGAUCAUCAAUCAACUUAAUGAAAAUAGACGCCAUAUGGCUCAUGGCAGUUUUACAGGGUGUGAAUGUGAUAUUCUUUACGUUUGAGUCUUUGUUCUCAUUCCUACCAAACAUCUAUGUGGUGUUGGCAGCUGUCUUGUGGGAAGGGCUGCUAGGAGGCGCUGCCUACGUCAACACAUUCUACAAGAUCAACAAAGAGGUGAUUCCAGAAAAAAGGGAAUUUUCAAUGGCAAUUACAUCACUUGCUGAUGCUCUUGGAAUCACACUUGCAGGAUUCUUGUCAAUGCCUGUCCACAAUUACAUUUGUGGACUGCCUAAAAACUUGGGGUUCUAGAUGCUGUUUUGUGUUGAAGGGCAUUGGUCAUUAUUACACUCACCGAUGAUCGGUGUCCCUGAUUUCAAAACUAAAACCGGUGUACCUAAUUUCAAAAUUAGAACCAAGUAUCUAUACAUACCUGUAAAGUAUUUCUGUAUAUAUCUGUGUAAUCAUUGUAUAUUUAUGUUAAGAGGCAACUUUGUUUACUACAUUUUUAAAUACCAUUUUUGUUAACAUUUGUUUACUGUUGUAGCUGCAGAUUAGGUAAAAUUUUGUCUCAAUUAAUUACAUACACUCCAAAUUCUUAGGUACCUAUAUUAUCUUUACCUCCAAGAGUAAUUAUUUAAAAAAAAAAUUAUAUUGUUUUUAUAAAGCGAUGAGUAGAAAAAAACUUUAAUUUAACAAAUCUAUAAAAGAAAAACUGUGAAUUAUUUAUACUAUGCCCAUGCUCCAGAAAAUAGUCAAAGCAAUUAUAAAAAAAUAACUAUAACAGCACACCAAACAACUUGCUGUUUUUGUAAAGUUUUCCCAACAAAUCAAACAUAAAAUAUGUUAAAUGUUUGGUAAAUUAGUGACAUUGCCUUAAACAAAUCCUACUAUGGCCUUACUUAGUUAAGAUUUCAUCUUGCAUCUGUAUAUUCCUAUCUCAUGUAGUUUUAUAGUAAAUGUUUUUUUUUUCUACAAAACAAAUAUUUAUUUUUGUUAACCUUUGAAGAUGUUAUGGUUUAAUAUCAAAUAAAAUGUUUUAC